GCCGCCGCCGACCGGGGGGGACUUUGGGCGGCCGGGCGCUCGCCCCGGCGGGGCCCGCCCUGCUUGCCGCCCGUCCUGGUGGGUCCGGGCGGGGGGAGCGCUUGUGGCGGCCGAAAUCGCGUCGGGUUUUGCCCGUUUCCCGCCCCGAGCCGGCGGGAGCGGGGCUCCGGUCCCGGCCUCGCGCCGCGGGUCCCGGGAGCGCGGAAUGAAUGGGGCCGAGGUGGGGCCGCCCGGCCCCGGCCCUCGCGGAUCGGGCCGAGCCUAUGGCCGGGGGCGGCCGAGGCCGGGGUGCCGAGCCGUGCUCGGUACUUCGCGCCGCGCCGGCGCCCGACAAACGGCAGUGGCUGAAACCGCGAGAAAUCCCCGGCAGCCUGCUUCUGCAAAGUGGUACGACCGAAGGGACUACGUCUUUAUUGAAUUUUGUGUUGAAGACAGUAAAGAUGUUAAUGUAAAUUUUGAAAAAUCCAAACUUACAUUCAGUUGUCUUGGAGGAAGUGAUAACUUUAAACAUUUAAAUGAAAUUGACCUUUUUAAUAAUAUUGAUCCAAAUGAAUCAAAGCAUAAAAGAACAGACAGAUCUAUCUUGUGUUGUUUACGAAAAGGAGAAUCUGGUCAGGCAUGGCCGAGGUUAACAAAAGAGAGGGCAAAGCUCAACUGGCUCAGUGUGGACUUCAACAACUGGAAAGACUGGGAAGAUGAUUCAGAUGAAGACAUGUCCAAUUUUGAUCGCUUUUCUGAGAUGAUGAACAACAUGGGCGGAGAUGACGACGUAGACUUGCCAGAAGUAGAUGGGGCAGAUGAUGACUCACCAGACAGUGAUGACGAAAAAAUGCCGGAUCUGGAGUAAGGAAAACUGUCGUCUUCAGGGUUUGGGGAAAGAACUUCAUCACAACAUUUCAUAAUUGAGAUAAGAAUUCCUGAGUUGAUAGCCCUAAAGGGAGAUCCUGCAUCCUUUAACCCAUUUUCAGUCCAUUUUAAAUGGCUUCACUGAUGGUAGGUGUGUACCAUUGCACGGGGCGGUCUUAAGCCACGAGAGGCAAUAACGUUAUGCAUGAACCGUUUUCCAGACUUCCAAAAAAAAAACAAAACAAAAAAAACCAACCCAAUUGAGGUAUAGGCAUUUGGCACAGAACAGUUGCAAUAAAGUUUAUGGAGCCUCCUUGCCUCGUAGCAGAUGUAAUUACAAAGGGAGAAUCCUGAAUUUACACCAAGUGGUAAAUGAGCAAUUUUUUUUCCCCCCUCUGCGGCCUGAAAUUGUACAUUUGUACCGGGAACAAAACCGGCUGAACCGAGGCUGCUGUCAUUGGCUCACAAACCCCAGCAGGUGAUGCGCAGUACUUCUGUGGUGUCUUCAGGUCUGUUCUGCUAAAAGUUUGUAUUGAAAAGGAAACAAAUUCUUCCUCAUUCGGUGUUUAAUCACAAGUUGUGUGCCCAGGCGUGCCCCCGACCCGGCGCAGGUGGCUGGAGCCUGUCCCCUGCUACCCUCUGACCCUACAGCUUUACAUCCCGCCCGGGGGGCCGGUGGCUGUACGUUGUUGCUUGUUGAUCUGUACGUUUAGACCAAAUCGUAUUUGCACUGUGGGUAUGGAAGUGAGCGACAGACCCUUGGGCGCGUGCGGGUGGCUUCUAACCGGGCUGAAAAACCUCAAUUUAUGUUCAGAGCAGCGGGGAUUUUUUUAAUGUCUACAUUCUUUCUAAUAAACUGUUGAAGACUC